GUCUGUCUAGUAUUUGCAAAAAAUUGUUUCUGGUUAUUGAUGUGAUUCUUUGAUGUCAUGGUUUGGAUUAGCAUGUUACUUUGGGAAUUUCAUCUGCAGUCAAUUGGCUUCGGCUUGAAUUUUUAUGUGAUUUUUCCAAGUACAUGUACAACUUGGAAAAUGUAGAUUGUGCUAAGUUCUGUUUUUUGUGUGAAAUCAUUACAGCGAGAUGUGGGAUUGGCAAGGUGAGGAUUAUUGUCUUCAAGACAAUACCACUAACCUUGACAUAUCAAAGAGCUUGUGGAAUGGAGUAAACCAGAAUGAAGAAAAUCUUUCUUACAUGUUCGAUGAGACGACUCCGAUUAAGGCUUGUGGGGAUUUGUCUUAUCAUGUUACUAGCAAAGAAAACUCGAGCAAGGGAUUGGAGCAAUGCAGAGAGACUUUAUCCCAAGUAAAGAGGCGCCGCAUGCUACAGUUUGACCCUGAAGUUUUGGGUGUUUCCCUGUGCAAUGAGGAGAUCUCAGCAAAUAUUUUAAGAUCAAAGGAGAGGGAGGAUUCUGUUGAAGAGGCUUUCUCUGAUAUGUCGCAGUGGGUUCUGGAUUUGCAGAGGAUACAUCUGCAUCUGGUUAUGAGGGCCUUGAUCCAUCAUCUGAAGGGUGGCUAG